GUCAGGUGAAUAGCUGCAAGUUGGCAGGAAGAGCUACAGAGCGGAGAUACAUGAUGAUGUCAACACGCCAGUGAUCCUCUCGGUCUGGCAAACACAAGGCCCUUUUUAACUCAUCGAUUUCUUGUUAUAUAUCGUAAUGGUCUGGUGGGAUUGUACAAGUAAUGUUCUGCCUGAUCUCAGAGGUGGUCGUUGUGUCGGCUCUGUCCUUUAAGGCGCAUUGCAGCUUUGCUCAAGGACUCUAGCGAUCAUCCGCAGCAUCCGGAGGAGUCCAGAUCCUACUGAUGCACCAGUGUGGAGAGCAGGAAGCUGGUGUUCACUGAAAAACCACAGGCAAAUGAAACAGGAAGGAUGGCAGCAAUCAGUGGGGCUUGAUUCGCCAGUGAAGUAAUUCUUUAAUCAAACCAGCUUGGUCCUUUCCCUAGACUGGGAGUUGUUUUUAUCUCAGAGGAGCUGGACUGUGACCCUUGCCAAGGACUUGUAUUCUGUGCAGCACAGAGAUUUGCCCGGGCGAGAUUAGACACCAUCUGGCUAAUUUGACAGGAUUGAGAGUGAUGAGAUGUAUCUCGCAAUGUCAAAGCAAAAUCAUUUUGGUGUGUCUUCUUAGUUACUCGUCAUCCUGUGUUUAAAAGCCCCAGUCUGUUCGGUCUUCGGUCUGCCAGCUCAGUUCAUGUGUCAUUUUGUGUUAGCCUUGGCUCCGUGUUCCUUCCAGCAGCGACAUUGACAAAAAUAAAGCAGCUAUUUGAAAUGGCUGUUUGACCAGAGAUCUAGAGACAUGGAGAAUCUGAGCCUCAUCUCUCCUUAUCUACACUUCUGAGCUGGGUUUGAGUCGGGAGGACCAUGCUCUGCUCAGAGCGUGGCGUGGUGGAGGAAUGGCUCUCAGAGUUCAAGACAUUACCUGACGAUCAAAUCCGCAGCUAUUCUGGCAGCCUGCGUCUGAAGAAAGCUCUGGUACCCGCGCUCUACGCUGUUAUUCAGGAGCAGCCCAUCAGUGAGCUGCUGGCUCCGGUGUGUCAUCAGUUGUUUGAGCUGUACCGGAGCUCAGAGGAGGGCUUGCGUCGGUUUACUCUGCAGUUCCUGCCUGAACUCAUCUUGGUGUACUUGCGUCAGUCAGCCAGCAGAGAGCGCUACCGCAAUGGCUGCGUGGAAGCCCUGCUGCUGGGGAUCUAUAACCUGGAAAUUGUGGACAGUAAAGGAAAUGGAAAGCUGCUGUCUUUCACAAUACCGUCUCUCUCCAAGCCUUCAAUAUACCAUGAGCCAUCCAGCCUGGGCUCCAUGGCGUUAACUGAGGGAGCCCUGAACCAGCACGACCUCAUCCGGGUGGUCUACAGCGGUCUGCUAUCUCAGAGAGAGACAUUUACCUCACAGAACAGGUUUGAGGUGCUGUCUUUUCUAAUGCUCUGCUACAACUCAGCCGUGGUCUUGAUGCCUGCGUCCUCCCACCAAUCGGUUUGCAGAAUGAGCACACGGCUGUGUGUGAGCGGUUACCCGCGCCAGCAGCAAAAGUCAUGGAAGGAGCCGUAUAACCGGGUCCGAUUGGAGCCAGAGUUCAUGGUGCAGAUGCUGACUGCUGUUUACCACGCCAUUUAUAAUGGGCAGUGGGAAUUGGGGAGGGAAGCUUUGGAUGACAUCCUCUACCGAGCACAGCUAGACCUCCAUGCACAGCCGUUACUGGUGGCAAAUGCAAUUAGUCGCUCACUUCCGUCCCGUCCUCCGGAGGGCUCGCAUAACCUUCUGGAGGUGGAAGUAACACCUGCUGGGAGAUGUGUCUCACAGGCAGCUGUCACUACAGCCUCCAUUCGCCGCCUCCGCUGGAAACAAGAGGAUGCUGACGGCAUGAGCUGUGGAGAGGACUCUUUUGACCCAGAUGAAGGGUUUUCCUCUGGGGCUUCCAGCAGCAGCCAGCCCAGCAGUGUGAAACGUGACUGGGUCAUAAUGGGCAUUCGACCUUCCCGAGAUCCGGGAGCCAGACAGAGGGAAAGCACGUCAGCUGACACCAGAGCCGCCCUCCGGAGCCUUCAGCAACGGCACCAGUCCCCUCCCCCUGCCAUCAGCCUUCAAACCACAGGAAGCAGCCCCAGCCCCAGUGCUCCCAGACGCUAUCUGGAUCCACAUUACAUCCCUCCUUUCGCUGGUGUGCCACCUAAAACCAGCAGCACGUCUUCUAGCAAGUCUCUUGACUGUACCGGCCUAAACGGCUCAUCGGGACCUACAGAUAGCCUAUCGUUUGGAAGCCUCAAUGCAGACAGGGCACACUAUCUAUCAGCCGUCAGCUUACAAGAGGAACGUCUAGGGCGAACAACGCGGAGCCAGGAUCUCCUCUCCCCCGGGAGUCCGUUCUCCUCUGGAAGCCCAUUGUCCAAACAAUCUCGGUCACCCAGUUUUAAUAUGCAGAUUAUAUCACAGGUGUAGAAUGAUUCUGCUGGGCUGUGUGUGCAUGAGAAUACGAAAGCCUCUUUCUGCCUUGGAAUAAUAAAAUAAUAAAAAAGGUAAUUUCGACCUUUUUAUCUCACAAUUCUGGCAUUUUUUCUCGUAAUUCUGAUUCGGUGUCUCACAAUUCAUAUUUUCAGUUUAAAUAAAUAGUUUUAUAAAUAUAGAUAGAUAUAACCUCACAAUUCCGAGGGAAUUGCAAGAUGUUAACUUUAUUAUAUUUAUUUCAUGAUAGAAAAACAACAAAAACAAAUGCAAGAUAUAAACUCAGGAUUUUGUAAACAAACAAAAAUAAGCACUUUUAGAUAUUAAGAAGGUAAGUCAAAAUUGUGAAAUAAACUUGCAACUGCAAGAAAAAGGUUUAAUUUGUUAGUUGCAAUUAGCUUUUUUUGUUUUUAAAUAAAAUUGCAAUUCUAAGAAAGUCUAUUUAUUU